AUGCCUGUUUGUAACUUACUACUUUUGUUGCUUAUUGGAACCGUUCGUGCCUGUGACUACGUGAAUAACACAUUACCACCUGCAGGGCGCCAACUUCUAGAUUUUAGACUGUGUCAUCCGAAACCUAUCGGAAUACUAACUACGUCAGCUGGCAGACCAGUAGAUCCGAGAGAAACAACCACUAUCAACAACGAUGGUCUCACUUCGAAUGAAUUUCUUUUGGAUCACAUGUUGCAUUUUGACGCUGAGAGGGUACCCGAAAGAAUAGUACAUGCUAAAGGAGCAGGCGCAUUUGGUUAUUUUGAAGUAACUCACGACGUUUCAAAAUAUAUAAAAGCAGACGUCUUUAAUGGUAUUGGCAAAAAAACUCCUACUGUCGUUCGAUUUUCUACGGCAUUAGCGAGUAAAGGUGGAAACGAUAUUGCCAGGGAGUUGAAAGGCUUCACAAUUAAAUUUUACACAAAUGAAGGAAACCUUGACUUGUUAGGACUAAACAUACCCGUUUAUUUCUAUCCAGAUCCCAUAUUGUUCGGUUCAUUCAUUCGUGCUUUCAAAAAAAAUCCAAGCACUAAUCUAUUUGAUGAAACUUCGAGAUGGGAUUUGGUUACACUGAAACCCACUAUUUUACAUGCAUUUUUCUGGAUAUUGUCUGAUUAUGGUAUACCCAAUGGAUAUAGAAGAAUGGAUUCAUUCCCAAUACACACGUACGAAAUAAAGAACGAACAUGGAGAUACAUAUUACGCCAAAUUCAAUUUCCGAACUGAACAAGGUUUCGAAAACUUGACAACAGCUGAAGCAGCAGCAAUAACAGCUCAAGAUCUAGACUACUCUAUAAGAGAUCUAUAUAAUAAUAUUGCACUCAAAAAUUAUCCCUCAUGGCGAUUAGAAAUGGAUAUUUUGUCAUUAGAUGAUAUUAAGAAUGUCGAUUACAAUCCAUUCGAUGUAACAAGAUUAUGGAAAAACGGCACCUAUCAUACAGUGCAAAUAGGACGAUUAGUACUUGACAGGAAUCCCGAUAAUUUCUUUAGAGCUGUGGAAUUAAGUGCCUAUAAUCCAGGUAGUUUAGUUCCUGGUAUUAAUAAUCCGCCAGAUACGCUAUUUAAAGGCAGAAGACUAUUUUAUAGAGAUACACACAACUAUCGCUUAGGAAUUAAUCACGAUAGAAUCGAAGUAAAUACUCCGAAAUAUGCUAAGACCUAUAACCGAGAUGGACGACCGCCAGUUGAAGAUAACAUGAAAGAUGCACCGAAUUAUUUUCCAAAUUCAUUUAAUGGUCCUAUACCGGUAGUCGACGAGACUCGUCCCAAAGAACGAAUGAUUGUAUUUGAAAGUAACGCAGUUGACUUAGAACCAUCCUCUAAUUUCUAUAGAUACGUUUUGAGUGAUGAAGGACAAAAGCAAAGAUUUAUUGAUAACAUUGUUUUAUCACUUGUCCCGGUGAUUACAGAAGUUCAAAAAAAGGUUUUGAGGCUUCUUACUCUUACAGACCCAGAAUUAGGAAGAAGGGUUCGUGCUGGUCUAAAAGCAGCAAUCGCAGCAAAAUAG